CUGAGGCCGCUGGGCGCGCAGUUUGUGGCGCCAGAAUUCGGAGCGCGGCAGCGCCUGAGAGAGAGAGGAGAGAGAGAGGAGCGAGAGAGAGAGAGAGACAGAGAGAGAGACAGAGAGAGAGAGACAGAGAGAGAGAGACAGAGAGAGAGAGAGAGACAGCAGCCUGCGAGCCGCGGCCCGCUGCUCUCCCUCACAACGGGUUCCGGCUCCUGCAGCGCGACACCAUGGUGGUUCUCCGCAGCAGCCUGGAGCUGCACAGUCGCUCCACCGCCUCGUCGGCCGCCGACUCUCUGGACCUGUCGGGCGACUUCCUCAGCCUCAAGGACCACGGCCGGAGCCGGCCCGGCUCGACCCGAGCCGCCGAGAAAUCCACCGCGUCCACGGCGGCGGAGGGAGAUGGAUCUUCAGUUAAGGGAGUUGAAAUCUACCACCAUACACAUUCUUUAAGAUCGUUGAGGAAAAAAGCACAGAUUUCUUCAGAUUCGAGUUUUGAUAAGACCAUGGAAAGAACAGAGAAACACACUAAUGGCAGACAUUUCACAAGGCAAUUGGCUCGACAGCAGGCUGACAAAAAGAAAGAAGAGUGCAAGGAAGACAAAGCUAUUCCAAUUACUCACUCAUUGAGGAAUAGAGACAUUGCUCAAAGUACAGAACAUUUGCAUGAACAGAAUGGAGAUGUUGAAGUUCGAAGAAGUUGUAGGAUUAGAAGUCGUUACAGUACUGUGAACCAGUCUGUGCUAUUUGACAAACUUAUAACCAACACUGCUGAAGCUGUGCUCCAAAAGAUGGAUGACAUGAAAAAGAUGCGCAGACAGCGAAUGAAAAAACUUGAAGAUAUGGGAGUGUUUAAUGAAACAGAAGAGAGCACCCUUAGCGUGUACACAAGAGGGAAACAGAAGGCUGCACAGCAGCGAGCUGAUGAAGAGACCACCGACAACCAGGAUGGCAGUGUGGAAUCAUCUGAAGAGGGUGAAGAGCAAGAAGAUGAUGAUGGUGAAGAUGAAGAAGAUGAUGAAGAUGAAGACGAUGAAGAUGGAGAAGAGGAUAAUCAAAAACGAUACUAUCUUAGGCAGAGAAAAGCAACCGUGUACUAUCAAUCACCACUAGAAAAACCUCGUCACCAGAGAAAGCCCAACAUAUUUUAUAGUGGCCCAGCUUCUCCUGCAAGACCAAGAUACCGAUUAUCUUCUACAGGUCCAAGAAGUCCCUAUUGUAAACGAAUGAACAGGCGACGGCAUGCAAUCCACAGCAGUGACUCUACUUCCUCCUCCUCUUCUGAAGAGGAGCACUUUGAGAGGAGAAGAAAAAGGAACCGAAACAGAGCUAUUAACAGGUGCCUUCCACUAAAUUUUCGGAAAGAUGAAAUAAGAGGGAUUUAUAAAGAUCGGAUGAAAAUUGGAGCAAACCUUGCUGAUGUUGACCCAAUGCAACUAGAUUCUUCAGUACGAUUUGAUAGUGUUGGUGGCUUGUCCAAUCACAUUGCAGCACUGAAAGAGAUGGUGGUGUUUCCCUUACUUUACCCAGAAGUCUUUGAAAAGUUUAAAAUUCAACCCCCAAGAGGUUGCUUGUUUUAUGGUCCACCCGGAACUGGAAAAACGCUGGUUGCUAGAGCACUUGCCAAUGAGUGCAGUCAAGGGGAUAAAAGAGUGGCCUUUUUCAUGAGGAAAGGGGCUGACUGUCUGAGUAAGUGGGUCGGAGAAUCUGAAAGACAGCUGCGAUUGCUUUUUGAUCAGGCCUAUCAGAUGCGCCCAGCAAUUAUUUUCUUUGAUGAAAUCGAUGGUCUGGCUCCAGUACGAUCUAGCAGGCAAGAUCAGAUUCACAGUUCUAUUGUUUCAACACUGUUAGCUCUUAUGGAUGGUUUGGACAGCAGAGGAGAAAUUGUGGUCAUUGGAGCUACCAACAGACUAGAUUCCAUAGACCCUGCUUUACGAAGACCUGGUCGAUUUGACAGAGAAUUCCUUUUUAGUCUACCUGAUAAAGAUGCUCGAAAAGAGAUUCUGAAGAUUCAUACAAGAGAUUGGAAUCCAAAACCACUGGACAUAUUCCUAGAAGAACUAGCAGAGAGCUGCGUUGGAUACUGUGGUGCAGACAUUAAGUCAGUAUGUGCUGAAGCUGCUUUGUGUGCCCUACGUCGACGAUACCCACAGAUCUACACCACCAGUGAGAAGCUGCAGCUGGAUCUCUCUUCAAUUACUAUCUCAGCUAAGGACUUUGAGACUGCUAUGCAGAAGAUAAUACCAGCUUCCCAGAGAGCUGUGAUAUCCCCUGGACAGGCACUGUCUGCCAUUGUGAAGCCACUCCUGCAAAAUACUGUUCAUAGGAUCUUAGAAGCCUUACAGAAAGUAUUUCCACAUGCGGAAGUUGGAACAAGCAAAACUUUAAAUUCAGAUGUUUCUUGCCCUUUGCUAGAAAGUGAUUUGGCAUACAGUGAUGAUGAUAUACCAUCGAUGUAUGAAAAUGGACUUUCUGAAAAACCCUAUAAUCAGGCAAAAGAAAAUUUAAAUUUCCUUCAUUUAAAUAGAAAUGCCUGUUACCAACCUAUGUCUUUUCGACCAAGAUUACUAAUAGUGGGAGAACCAGGGUUUGGACAGAGCUCUCACUUGGCACCAGCUGUGAUCCAUGCUUUGGAAAAGUUUACUGUGUAUACAUUAGACAUUCCUGUUCUUUUCGGCAUCAGUACUACAUCUCCUGAAGAAACAUGUUCCCAGAUGAUUCGUGAAGCUAAGAGAACAGCACCCAGCAUAGUCUAUAUCGCGCAUGUCCACUUGUGGUGGGAAAUAGUUGGACCAACACUCAAAGCCACAUUUAUGACCUUGUUACAGAACAUACCUUCAUUUGCUCCCGUUUUACUGCUUGCAACUUCUGACAGACCGUAUUCAGCUCUGCCUGAGGAGGUACAAGAAUUGUUUGCCCAUGAUUAUGGAGAGAUUUUUAAUGUCCAGUUACCAGGUAAAGAAGAACGGACCAAAUUUUUUGAAGACCUAAUUUUAAAACAAGCUACGAAGCCUCCUGUGUCAAAAAAGAAAGCAGUUUUGCAGGCCUUGGAGGUCCUCCCAGUAGCGCCGCCGCCUGAACCAAGACCGCUCACAGCAGAGGAAGUCAGACAGCUGGAAGAACAGGAAGAAGAUACAUUUAGAGAACUCCGAAUCUUCUUGAGAAAUGUCACGCAUAGGCUUGCUAUUGAUAAGCGGUUCCGAGUCUUCACCAAGCCUGUUGACCCUGUUGAGGUUCCUGAUUAUGUCACUGUAAUAAAGCAGCCAAUGGACCUUUCAUCUGUAAUCAGUAAAAUUGACUUACAUAAGUAUCUGACUGUGAAAGACUAUCUGAGGGAUAUUGAUCUAAUCUGUAGCAAUGCUUUAGAAUACAACCCAGAUAGAGAUCCUGGAGAUCGUCUUAUUAGGCAUAGAGCCUGUGCUUUAAGGGACACUGCCUAUGCAAUAAUUAAAGAAGAGCUUGAUGAAGACUUUGAGCAGCUUUGUGAAGAAAUUCAGGAAUCUAGGAAGAAGAGAGGUUGUAGCUCCUCCAAAUAUGCACCAUCUUAUUACCAUGUCAUGCCAAAGCAAAAUUCUACUCCUGCUGGUGAUAAAAGGUCAGCUCAAGAGCCCAGUGAGAAGCCAAAGGCACCUUGUACUCCUGUGGCCUGUAGUACCCCUGCUCAGUUGAAGAGGAAAGUUCAUAAUAAGUCAAAGUGGCAUGUAGGUAACAAACUAAAGCGAAGGAAACUUUCACAAUCCAAAGACAAUAGCCAAACUGCUAUGAAUAAUCAAACCAGGAGUAGUGAUACAGAGGAAAGUCAGCAUACAAGUGCAGAUCACAAUGAGCUCGGAAAUACGGGAGAGUCUUCAGUGGAAGAAAAUGAGAAGCAGAACGUCUCCGAAAGCAACACAGACCUGAAAAAUACCUCGAGUACCUCCAGUAUUGAGAAUGGACCUGAAGAAUCUACUCAAACUACAGAGUGUACAGACUUGAGAAAAGAGAAAACUGAUUGCAAUGGGAAUGCUUCUAGCUCCCAGGUCAUAGACAUUCCUGGGGAAAAUGAAUCAAAAGAAAUGUGUAUUCUGCGAAUGACUCGAGCUAGACGUUCCCAGGUAGAGCAGCAGCAGCUCAUCAGUGUGGAGAAGGCCCUGGCGAUUCUCUCUCAGCCUACACCCUCACUUGUUGUGGACCAUAAGCGCUUAAAAAAUCUUUUGGAGACUGUUGUUAAAAAGAGUCAGAAAUAUAAUAUAUUCCAACUGGAAAACUUGUAUGCAGUAAUCAGCCAGUGCAUUUAUGAGCAUCGCAGGGACUAUGACAAAACAGCUCUUAUUCAGAAAAUGGAGCAAGCAGUAGAAAACUUCAAUUGUUCCAGAUCAUGAUGUCAUUGCACCAAGUAUUUUUAUAUUGAAUUCCUAUUAAUUGUCUUCAGAUAUGUCCACAAAACUGAUGCAAGAUAAAAUGAAAUCUUGCAGCUUGAAGAAAAAUUAAAAUAGUGAAAUUAUUUUAAUCCCCUGGUACUUAAUGUACAUGUGGUAAGAUAAGUCUUGGAUGUUUGUUGGAACAGAACACUGUAACAAUAGUAAUUGUUCAAGUUUGGCUAGAUCUUAAAACUUUGGUAAUUAAUAAUUUAUUAAUUAUUGGAUUUUUUGUUAUUAGCUUAAGCACUUUUAAUUUAACACUUCCUAGUAGGUUAUCAUACCAGACGAGAAUUGUGUCUGUUGUAUUUUUGCCAUCUCUUGUGUUUGUUGUCCUUUAACGCCUUUCUUCCAACUGCCAUAAGUCAAGUUGUGAUUUGUAAGGGGGCCUAAAAUACAAUUCUGUACCUUAUAUAAAAAUUAAUGUUUUUAGAUAAACAUUUUUAUAAUUCUAAUUUGGGAUAAUAAAGGUUUAAAAAGUUAUUGUUUACUUUGUAAUUAAAUAUACAACAAAUAAUAAGUGACUAGUUUUUGUAUUUGACAACUGUUUAUCUUUCUACCAUUGUAUCUAGGUUAUAUUCUAUAAGUAUUUUUAUAUGCAUAUAUGACUAUAAAUACAAAUUUUGUAUUACUGAUACCAAAAAUACAUUUCUUUCUUAAAGUUGAAACCAUGUGUUUCUAUACACUAUUGGGAGGGACAUGAAAGCCUUCACUUGCAGAACAGCAUUGUUGGAAAGCUUGUUUGAGAGGAAUAGAAGAAAAUGGUAGCUAGCUGGGCCAUGGUGGUGCAUGCCUUUAAUCCCAGCACUCGGGAGGCAGAGGCAGGCAGAACUCUGAAUUCAAGGCCAGCCUGGCCUACAGAGUGAGUUCCAUGACAGCCUCCAAAGCCACAGAGAAACCCUGUCUCAAAAACCAAAAAGAAAGAAUGAAGGAGGGGAAAGAAAACGCUAACUGAAAUGAGGCUGUGUUCGUUGGUGAUGUAAUGGUAGGGAAAGAACCCGGGCCCAGUACACUGAGCACAUGCCUAACUCAAGAGUUUAGAUUUUACUAUAGUUUCAUUAUGUGGGUUUUUAAAGAUUACUAAGAUUCAAUAAUAUGGAUACCUUAAUUAUAGAUGCUGCCUUAUAUACCUACCAAAAAUGCCAAAUACCAGUAACAUUUGAACAUGUGCAUAUUGCUAAAGGUGAUGCUGUGCAAGUUGAGUGUAAUUGUGUACAUUUGUGAUCUCAGCCCUGGAGGCAGAGGCAAAAAGAUCAGGAGUUCAGGGUCAUUCAUUAGCUACAUGGUAAGUUUGAGGCCAGCCCGGCUACUCAAGACUAUCUCAAAAAAGCAAAAACCAAACCAAAAAAAAGGGUUAUGUUUAAUAGUUUUUAUUGAAGUUUAUUAUAAUUUAUUUCAGAUGUAUCCUUUCAUUGUGCUUCUUGUAUAAUAAAUUUUAAAGUUGAAA